AGUCAUACAGUGGUGGUCUGGAGAAGUUCUGGGUUCAGGUACAUCCGGGGCUUGAGUGUUCAGAUCUGCAAGGAUGAGAUGGAUUUGUCCCGUCAAGUGUUUCUUGGGCACUUGCUACAUGUCACUUACUACACUUAGUUUUUAUUGAGCUGUGCUUGUAGGUAGGGACGAGGUUAGGCCGGGCUCUUCUCACCAACAAUCCUAGAGUCCUAGUUGGGAGUAUCAUCGUUGUGGGGACGGUUUUCCUUGCAAGGAUCAGACAUAGACACAGGACCUGUCAGUCCAGUGUAAUUAACAGGAGUUAGCUCCUGAAUGGCCCCCUUUUACAGGGCAACCCUCCACGGAUCACUCAACCCAGGGUUGGCGGGAGUCUGAAGAUGGGCCCUAAACUCGGGGCGCCGCUUGGGGUCACGUGACGCGCGUGCAGGUUGAGUGACAGGCGCAGCGUUGGGCGGGCCUUGGCGGAAAUCAACUUCCGGGGGCAGAGGUGAUCGAAGCCGGGGGGUCCGUGGGCUACCACAGCUCGGGCAGCGGCGGCCGCGGAGCGUCCACGGGUGCGGGGUCGGCCCCGGGGGGUGCGCGUGCGGGCCUGCGCGCUGGGGGCGGCUCACCUGGCCGUGCGGGUGAGCGGCGCGGCGGUGGCGGCGGCGAGAGCGGGGAGCAGGUGAAUUUGAAAAAUGGAUGAUGACGACUUUGGUGGUUUUGAGGCUGCGGAGAUUUUUGAUGGUGGAAAUGGUGAAACCCAAACUACAUCUCCUGCCAUUCCUUGGGCUGCUUUUCCUACAGUGUCUGGAGUCCAUCUUUCUCCAGCUUCUCCUGAGACUGUGCUGGACCAUGACGGCUGCUCCCCUUCCGCCGGCUGCCCUUCUUCUGAGCCCAUCAUUCCGUCACCAGAGAAUGCGUGCGCAGACAACAGCCUGGUCAGCCAGACUGUUCCUAAAGCACAGACUCAGCAAUCAACACGUACUCAUCUGGAAAUCUCCCUUUUCCCAUUACAUUUAACUGAUGAGAAAAGUAAUGGAACCAUAGCUCUUGAGGAUGAUUCUGAGGGCCCUGGAACCGAUGCCUCAAACAUACAGCUUCAGCAGAAAAUUUCAAGUCUGGAGACUAAACUCAAAGUUUCUGAAGAAGAAAAACAGAGAAUUAAAAAGGAUGUGGAAUCUUUGAUGGAAAAUCAUAGUGUCUUAGAAAAAGAUUUCCUUAAAGAAAAAGAACAAGAGGCCAUUUCUCUUCAAGAUAGAUACAAACAACUUCAGGAAAAGCAUAAACAAGAAUUGGAAGAUAUGAGGAAAGCUGGUCAUGAAGCCCUCAGCAUUAUUGUGGAUGAAUACAAGGCACUCCUGCAGUCUUCAGUUAAGCAACAAGUAGAAGCUGUUGAAAAACAGUACAUUUCUGCAAUUGAGAAACAAUCACACAAGUGUGAGGAGUUGCUAAAUGCUCAGCAUCAGAGGCUCCUUGAAAUUCUGGAUGCAGAGAAGGAACUAUUAAAGGAGAAAGUAAAGGAAGCUUUGCUUCAGCAGUCUCAGGAGCAGAAGGAAAUACUGGAAAAAUGUUUGGAGGAAGAAAGAGAAAGAAAUAAAGAGGCAUUAGCAUCUGCUGCAAAGCUUGAAAAAGAAGCAGUGAAGGAUGCAGUUUUAAAAGCCAUAGAAGAAGAAAGAAAAAAUUUGGAGAAAGCCCAUGCUGACGAAAGAGAGUUAUGGAAGGCUGAGCACGCAAACAGUCAAGAGAAAGUAUCUCAGGCAAUUCAAAAAGCUAUACAGGAGCAAAAAAAAAUAAGUCAGGAAACUGUUAAGGCAGCAAUAAUAGAAGAGCAGCAGCGAAGUGAAAAGGCUGUGGAAGAGGCAGUGAAAAGAACAAGAGAUGAAUUGAUAGACUAUGUGAAAGAGCAGAAGAGGCUUGAUCAAGUCAUCCGCCAAAGAAGCUUGUCCAGCCUGGAACUGUUCCUCUCCUGUGCUCAGAAACAGUUAAGUGCUUUAAUAGCUACGGAACCAGUUGACAUUGAAUAAAGCGGACAUGACAAGUGAACCCACACUGGCAAUGGAUGAAUCAUUAGGCCUCUGAAAUACACGCUGUGAAUUAUAAAGAUGCUUCUGUUUUCUUUCCAAAUCUUGAUUUCCACUUUAAGAGUAAACCAAAACAAAACAUUUAGAACUAUCAAGAGAUCUAAGUUAUUUUCUUUGUUUUCUCCUUUUCAUUUACUAUCAUUUUAUUAGUAGUAAUAGCAACAGAAAGUAUGAUGAGACCCAAAAACCAUUCAAAAUUGCCACAGUGCCAUGAGUUAAUUAAGUAAACUUUAUACCACCUUGUGGCCUGUUAAUACUGUAAUUGGCAAAGAGAGUAAAUAUCCUUAUUUAUAAUAUCACAGACUCUUAGUAAGAUUGCUGCGAAUGUGAUCAUUUGUUGGAUUUUGAGGAUGGCGACAGCAUGGACUUCAGCAUCACCUUUUUAUCCGUGUGGCUUGGAACGAGCGCACCGCUCUGAUGGAGAACAUUCUGACAUUACCAGACCUCUUUUCUGUAGUGAAAUCUAUGUAUUUUCACUGGUAACAAUUACAAACACUGAACGUUAGUUCAACUUUAAUCUGACAUACCACUUAAAGGAGUAUGUUUGUAAUAUAUGCUUAUUUCCUAUUUUUGUUCUUCAAAGUCAGUAUAAAUCAAUAAAGUCAUUUUUCUUACGGUGAACUCACUGUCUAGAAAGAGAAUGUAACUAAAAAUAUGUACUUAAUUCGAAGCAGUAAUACUUCAAUGCAAAAUCAUGAGUUUUUUUAAUGUCAAAACUCAAAUGUCAUUAACAGGUAUGCAAAGAAUUUGUCUUGUUUUCUGAAAUGCUUCUACUUUCAUGGGCUUUGUACUUUGCUGGGAUUUCUCGGUGUAAUAAAACGAGCUGCAAAAUUGUA